UUUUUAUAAAUUGCAAAAGAACUAAAACAAAAUUGCACAUUGCAAUCCGGCCAUAAGAAUCCAUUAGCUAUGAAUAUGCUUGCCACUGCCUUUAUGAACUCUUCUCCAUUCCAUGGCAUGCCAUCAGGCAAGCUCGGAUCACACACAGGGAACUUACUUGCGCACACCAUGAUUAACACGAAACAUGUUUCUAAUUGGGGUUUGCAAUAUAAAGCUCCUACAAAGGUAGAUGCUAAAAAACUUGGUGCUUUGGAUUCAAACAUUCUCGACCAGGAGAAAGAGGGUCCAAACAUGGUUUCAGAUCUUGGUUUAAGAAAAAUGAUUCAAGAUGGCUUUAUAUUCCAAGAAAAAGUUUGUAUUAGAUAUUAUGAAGUAGGGCCAGAUCAAACUGCUUCCGUAGAAACAGUAAUGAAUCAUUUGCUGGAAACAAGCGUUAAUCAUAUGAAGACAAUUGGACUGAUGCAUGAUGGCUUUGGGUCAGAAGAGAUGUCCAAGAACAACCUAACUUGGGUGGUGGCAAAGACACACAUGGUAGUGGACCGUUAUCCAACUUGGGGCGACAUUGUUCAAAUUGAUACUUGGAAAUCUGCACAUGGGAAAAAUGGUGUGUGUUGUAAUUUGACGUUUUGUGAUUGCAAAACAGGCGAGAUAUUAGUAAGAGCUUCAAGUAUUUGGGUGAUGUUAAAUAAAAAUACACGAAAGUUAUCCAAAUUCCCAAAUAUGGUUCGAGCUAAAUUAGAGCAAUGCUUUGUGGAUACACUGCCUACGGUCAAAGAAGACACUAGAACAUGGUCAGAAGAAGCGGAGAACAUUUAUGAACAUAUUUGCAAAGGUUUAAUGCCAAGAUGGAGCGAUUUGGAUAUUAACCAACAUGUGAACCAUGUGAAAUAUAUUGGGCUGGUUAUUGAGAGUGUUCCAAAGCCUAUUGUGGAGAACUAUGAGAUACAUAGCCUGACUCUAGAAUAUUUUCGAGAGUGUACCAAGGACAAUGUACUACAAUCCCUCACUUCCAUAUUGGGGAACGACAAGGGCAUAAUAGCUAAUGUUCACUUUGUUGAUUGCCACCAUUUGCUUCAAAUUGGUGGUGGCGGUGGUAAUAUCAUGAAAGGAAGGACUAGAUGGAGACUGAAACACAGCAAGAGUCAAGGCUCUGGAGCAUCAGUUCGUUCUCUAGCUAACGGAAGUGUCUAACACCUAAUACAAUGAGAGCUUAUUUGUGGAAUCAACUCUCCUCGAUAUAUCCACCUAAUUAAACGUGUUUAGGUUCUUGAUCCAAAUGAUUGUAACUUUGAAUUGAAACUCAUGACAUGGUUCUGCUUAUUUUUUAUAAACCUUUUUGUUAUUAUAAUUUAUAAACAUAAAGGCAUCUUUGUGCUUACAUAUACAUGAAUAAAUAUUAUGGGGUUCAGAAUUA